CACCUGAUGGACGGAGUGGAUUUUACAUAUACAAAAUGGUUGAGUGGAUUUUGCAUGGUGGACCCUACAAUUUGGGCGUAAAAUAGGUGUCAUGACACCUCUCUGUGCUUGGAAUAGGAUCCUCUUCCAAAAUGCUGUUAGCCAACUUCUCUCCCUUUGCUAAGAUUCCGAACGCCAUUUCUCCGCUCCCAAACCAGAUCCCAAAGGCUGGCCAAGUUACUGAAAGAAGACUCGCUACACCGAGAACAUCAGGAAGCUGCAGUUUCAUACCUCAAGCGGUUUCCAAGGAUGGCAGUGUUCCUCUUGAGUUUGAUGUGGGAUUUCCAAGUGAUUACUCUGAGCUUCUUGAACAAGUACGCCAUUUCUCACAAUCUCUGAAAUUUGAAUUGUACUUGUUGGCAAAAGCAGCAACUGAAUUGGCCCUGAAGGACGAAAAGCAGUUGUUGGAGAUUGAAUUUCCAACAGCUGGGCUUGAGUCUGUACCAGGGGAUGGUGAGGGAGGAAUAGAAAUGACAGGAAGCAUGCAGUUGAUUCGAGAAUUUUGCGACCGCUUUAUAAUUCCAGAGAAGGCAACAAGGACCAGAAUAUUUUUCCCAGAGGCCAAUGAAGUUGAAUUUGCAAGGAAAUCUGCAUUUGGAGGAGCUUCAUUCAAGCUAGAUUAUCUGACGAAACCAUCACUAUUUGAAGAUUUUGGUUUUGUCUCUAAGGUCAAAAUGGCAGACCGUGUGAAGCCGGAUGAUGAAAUGUUCCUGGUCGCCUAUCCCUAUUUCAAUGUCAAUGAGAUGCUUGUGGUGGAAGAGCUUUACAAAGAAGCAGUAGUGAGCACUGAUCGGAAAUUGAUUAUAUUUAAUGGAGAACUCGAUCGUAUACGAAGUGGAUAUUAUCCACCAUUCUUCUAUCCAAAGCUCGGAGCACUUUCCAAGACCUUCCUGCCCAAGCUGGAGACUGUGUAUUACAUUCACAAUUUUAAAGGGAGGAACGGAGGAACACUUUUCAGGUCCUAUCCAGGCCCUUGGAAGGUCAUGAGAAAAAUAAAAGGUAAAUAUAUCUGUUUGCAUCAGCAGGAGAUGAUGCCAUCCCUCAAGGAAGUUGCAUUAGACAUUCUUCCAUCUGCUUGAAUAUAGAAGUUUUAAGCCAUGACAGUGUCAUGUCUUGGUCGGUAUCCUCAAAGUUGAACUUAUUGUUGCAUUUCUAUGCAUGUUUCAACUGCAUCAGAUUUCUCAAGGGAGUUCCAAAGAAAUUAUUUCAGGUUCUUCAUCUACAUAUUGACAACUGCGUGUUGCUUGCUACUAUCAGUCGCUAAAGAUAUUCAGAAAUUGGUAACCUUCAACCUUUUAUUUAAUUUAAGUAUGCACAUUGAUAUUCAGUUCUUUUCUUUUUCUAUGUAUGUCUGUGUCUGUUAUAUCUCUCCGAACUCUAAUGUUCGCAGCAAGAUGUGUAAUUUUUGCACUAAGUUCUGGCUCUUCUUUGCUUCUCAUAUCUUCCAUGGAUGGGACACUCGGCAUUCUUUCUCCUAUGUCAUUUUGUGGAAGACUUCAUCAGUUUCUUAUCUUGUCUUAGGAUCUGAGAUUGGAUUCUAUUUGGAGAUUGAGGCUUUAUUUUCACCCUGCUCCAUGGAAUUAUGCCUUUCUGAUCUGCAAAGUCAUUUUCCUUUAAGGUGCAUCUGAUUGCACCAAAUAUCAUGAAACUUCAUGAUAUUGGUGCAACCAAAUGCACCCUUAAAAUAUUCUAUUUAUUUUUGGCUCUGGUAGGAGAUUUCUUUUGGGUGGAUGUGUUUUGGUGCCUCCUUAGUAAAGAGAACCUUCCACAAGGCAUUGCUCCAGCUUUUGAAGCUUUUCUUGCUAUUAUGAUUCUUCCAUCAAAAUCAUGACCAGCAACUGCUACCAUGAUUCCAUCAACACCACCUCUGAUUCCAUUAAAUACUACUCAACUGUGAUCUUAAAUCUCAAUAUUCUGAUUUUCAACAGAAAUAAUUGCUAUAUUUUGUAAGCAUGAGUACUUGUCUUAAAUUCUUUUUUAUGCGGACACUUCUUAGGUGCUCUCAACUUCUUAUUUUCGUAAAUCAUGGUUUUCCUGCUCCUAUGGCUGGAUCGUCCCACUUCCUAUUGCCAGACCCUUGUACUCUCCUAUGGAACUUGUAAAAGAUCCAAUUCAACUUUUGUUUCAGUUGCUGUUCUUAUAGCACUAAGUAUGUUAGUUUCCUCCUUAAAAGAUUUGCUCUUGCGCUCGUAUAUAUUUCUUUUCUCCAAGAUGUGUAUGUAAAAAGAAGAUAGAGUGACACUUGGAAUCUUCCCUUUUUCGGAUUUAUAGUUUCUUCUGUACUUUGAAUGGGAAUUUCCACGUUGCAUGUUC